GUCAAUAAUUGUAUUAAUUUUAUGAGCUUUUCUGAACCUACAUCACAAAAAGGGCUAUACACUUAUUGUUUCUUGUAUUGUUUAGAACAUUUUAAUACAAUUCUGGAAAAUGAAUCGCAAGUAAUAGAAUUAUAUGAAUUAAAUUUUGAAGAUAUUUUUAAGCUUAUAUCAAAUGAUCAUUUGGUGGUUGAAUCUGAAGAAAAGAUCUUUGAUUUCAUUAUUAAAUGGAUAAAGUAUGAUCUAGAGGAACGAAGUAAAUAUUUAUCAAAUUUACUAAAUUACUUAAGGUUACCUUUAAUUUCGAGAAAAGCAUUUAAAUGUAUACGUGAUGAACCAUUAUUGAGAAGCCAACGUGACUGUUUGAUGGAUAUCAUGGAAAAUUAUUUAUCUGUCGACGUUGAUGAAAAUAUCACAAAAGCAACAAAGAGGACACCUUAUUUGUAUAAACCAAAUUUUAUUUUUGCUAUUAAAGGUCAAUCCAAUUGUGAUGAUUCUUAUGUAACGUUUAUGGAUCUAAGGCGGGAAAAUGAUCUUAAUUGGAAAUCAUGUGAUUAUUCAUUUUUUUGUCCACCCCAUCGAGAUGCAACUUUGGUCGUUUCGGAAACUGGAAUACUACUUGCAAUUGGAGGUUAUGAUGAAAUAGAAAAAGGGAGUAAUUGUGUUUAUGAACUUGAACUUACUUCUACAUCAAAAAUGUGGAUACCUACAACGCCUUUGCAUAGAUCACGAUUAUAUUUUUCUGUUUGCACUCAAGGAAAGUAUAUAUAUGUGGUAGGAGGUGAAGAUACUUUAGGAGAAACAUUAGAUUCAAUAGAAUAUUAUGACACAUAUUCAAAGGAAUGGACUGUAAUAGAUAAGCCAAUGCCAACCCCUCGGCAAUUAUGUAGUUUAAUAAUUCACAACUCUCGUUUAUAUGUUUUUGGUGGAUAUGAUAAUAGUGGUGAUGACAACUUUUUGAGUAGUGUAGACUGCUAUGAUCUACUAAAACGAUGUUGGAUACAGUGUCAUCAUCCUAUGCCUACAGCUACAGCUAAAGUAGAAUGGGUAACAAUGGGCAUUUCAGAUAGAGAAAAUGAUAUUUAUUUAUUUGGCGGUAAUGAAAAACUGAAAGGCGCUUACAAAAUGAACAUAAAUGAUUCAAAAUGGGAUACCCUACCUGAUAUGAUCAAUGCAAAAAGGUUUGCUAAUGCCGUUACUAUUGAAAACGAUUUAUUUGUUGUCGGGAAAAAUACCACUUUGUGGUUCACAAAAAAUGAUGAAGAACCCGAGGGAGUCUUUUGUGAAAGAUAUAUUGCUGAAAAAAACAUAUGGCAAGAGAUUGAGUCAUCAAAUAUAUUAAGUGAUUAUGAUCACAUAAUUUGUUUUAAUGAUGCGAGAUUGAAAACAUUUAAUAUUGACAUAUCAUAAACAUUUUAAUAUUAUAUACUAUGAAAUUGUAAUAAUCAAA